GCCGGCUCCGCCUCCCCAGGCCCGCUUUGCGGGGCAUACCAGCGAGCUUGGGUCGAGGACACUUGGCUUCUCUGGGCCCCGUGGCUGACGCAGUGUGACCUUGGGUCUUGGCCAUGAACUCCUCUGGAGGAAGGAGUCAGGAAGCAGCAGGGCCCAGGGGUAGAAGGGCUCACAGACCCCGGGAACAGAACCAAGAUGUGCAACUGUCAAAGGCUCUGUCCUACGCCCUGCGCCACGGGGCCCUGAAGCUGGGUCUUCCCAUGGGGGCCGAUGGUUUUGUGCCCUUGGGGGCCCUCCUGCAGCUGCCGCAGUUCCGCAGCUUCUCAGCUGAAGAUGUGCAGCGCGUGGUGGACACCAGUGGGAAGCAGCGGUUCGCCCUGCGGCCAGGGGACCCCAGCACCGGCCCUCUCAUCCGGGCCAAUCAGGGCCACUCCCUGCAGGUACCUGAGUUGGAGCUGAUGCCCCUGGAGACCCCGCAGGCCCUGCCCCUGGUGCUUGUCCAUGGCACAUUCUGGAAGCACUGGCCAUCCAUCCUGCUCAAGGGCCUAUCCUGUCGGGGAAGGACUCACAUCCACCUGGCCCCGGGACUGCCAGGGGACCCUGGUGUCAUCAGUGGCAUGCGGCCAAAUUGCGAAGUGGCCGUGUUCAUCAACGGGCCCCUGGCCCUGGCAGAUGGAAUCCCCUUCUUCCGCUCUGCCAAUGGGGUGAUCCUGACUCCAGGGAAUGUUGAUGGCCUCCUGCCUCCCAAGUAUUUCAAGGAGGCCCUGCAGCUACGCCCUACCCGAAAACCACUCUCCUUGGCUGGUAAUGAAGAGACGGAGUGUCAGAGUGGCCCCAGGCACAGCUCCAGAAGAAGAAGGAUGAUCCAACAAUAAAAUUUUUUUUUUUUUAAAGUAAAAAGAUGACAAAAGAGAAA